CCAUGAUGAAUUCAUGAUGGGUUAUUGCGUUACAUAUAUAGUGUCGUGGAAGAAUAAUUGAGAAGAGUGGUGUGCGUGUGUGUGAAUUGUGGCUUGCUUUCCUACUCCACUCCUUCUCCCGCUUCUGGAUCAAUCCUGUCCAGUCCCUAUUCCACUCAUGACUCAACCAAGGUUCUCAACUGAAUAGUGGCCUUCCUUGUCUAUGCUGUCACUUAAUUCCACUAGUUAGUUAAUUAGUUCACACUUGAGCCCACUAACCCGGCCUCUUCGAUUCCAUAGUCUUUAUAUUCAGUCAUUGGUUUUCUGUUUUCUUCCAACCUAGGUUCUUUGCUUUUACUAUAUAUACGUACUUGACCUACAUAUAUAUAUAUAUAUAUAUAUUUUAGUAUUCGGUACAUAUAUAGGACAAGAAGGCAAAUAAGCCCAAAAGAAUAGAGCGGUACGUAGACAGGUUAGGGAUCAGCUGGGAUGGCUCAGAUCUUGCUGCAUGGGAACUUGCACGUCACCAUCUUUGAGGCUCACUUGAUCACCAAAGCCGGCGGAGCUUCUGGUUCCACUGCCGGGUUUCUUGAGCAGCUUGUUGAAGGAAUUGAGAAUGCUAUUGGCAUUGCCGAGGAGCCUAGUAAAGUUUAUGCAACUAUCGAUCUCGAUAAGGCAAGAGUUGGUCACACUAGACGGAUUUCAAAUGAACCAGAAAAUCCACGUUGGCAUGAAGCUUUCCAAAUCUACUGCGCUCAUUCUGCAGCCAAUGUCAUCUUCACUGUGAAGUGUGACAUGGUUGUAGAUGCAUCACUGUUUGGACGUGCUCAUCUGCCUGUGGAACAGAUCAUUAAUGGCACGGAAGUGGAAAGAUGGCUUGAGAUCUGUGAUCAAAAACACAAUCCAAUUGGCAGUUCAAAGAUUCAUGUGAAAGUGCAGUACUUUGAUGUUUCAAAAGACAGAAGUUGGAGUAGAGGAAUUCAAAGUUCUAAAUUCCCUGGUGUUCCUUAUACAUUUUUCCAACAGAGGCAGGGUUGCAAGGUUUCUUUGUAUCAAGAUGUGCAUGUCUCUGACAACUUCAUCCCCAAAAUACCCCUUGCUGAUGGCAAAUAUUAUGAGCCACAUAGAUGUUGGGAGGAUAUUUUUGAUGCCAUCACUAAUGCGCAGCAUUUGAUCUAUAUUGCUGGAUGGUCUGUCUAUACAGAGAUCACAUUGAUAAGGGACUCUAGAAGGCCAAGACCCGGAGGAGAUGCCACACUUGGUGAGUUACUUAAGAAGAAGGCUACUGAAGGUGUUAGAGUCCUUAUGCUUGUUUGGAAUGAUAAAACUUCUGGAGGUUUGUUUGGUAAAGAGGGUCACAUGGAAACUCAUGAUGAAGAUACUGCAGAUUAUUUCCGAGGCACAGAUGUUCACUGUGUUCUGUGUGAAAGAAAUGCUGAUGGAGGAGACAUUGUUGAGAAUCUGGAGAAAUCCUUCAUAUUCACUCAUCAUCAAAAGAUUGUUGUGGUAGAUCAAGAGAUGCCUAAGAAGACUUCUCUGCGGAGGAGAAUUGUGAGUUUUGUUGGGGGUAUUGACCUCUGUGAUGGAAGAUAUGAUACACAGUUUCAUUCUCUGUUCAGAACUUUGGAUACAGCUCAUCAUGAUGAUUUCCACCAGAUUAACUUUGCUGGUGCAUCUAUCAAAAAAGGUGGACCAAGAGAGCCAUGGCAUGACAUUCAUUCAAGACUUGAAGGUCCAGUUGCAUGGGAUGUUUUGUUCAACUUUGAACAGAGAUGGAGGAAACAGGGUGGUGGUGAGGAUCUGCUUGUUCACAUCAGGGAUCUGGAGAACAUCAUCAUUCCUCCUUCUCCUGUUUUGUUUCCAGAAGAUAGGGAAACAUGGAAUGUUCAGCUAUUUAGAUCAAUUGAUGCAGGUGCUGCCUAUGGUUUUCCUGAGACACCAGAAGGUGCAGCUAGAGCAGGGUUGAUAAGCGGAAAAGACCAGAUCAUAGACCGGAGCAUUCAAGAUGCUUAUAUCAAUGCCAUUCGCCGGGCGAAAAAUUUUAUUUACAUUGAAAACCAGUACUUCCUUGGUAGCUCCUUUGGGUGGAAAGCAGAUGGCAUUGAGCCGGAAGAGAUUGGAGCAUUGCAUUUGAUUCCUAAGGAGCUAUCUUUGAAGAUUGUCAGCAAGAUUGAAGCUGGUGAACGUUUUACUGUUUAUGUUGUUAUUCCAAUGUGGCCAGAGGGAGAACCUGAGGGUGGUUCAGUUCAGGCAAUUCUGGAUUGGCAGCGAAGGACAAUGGAGAUGAUGUAUACUGAUAUUGUUGAAGCUCUGAAAGCGAAGAACAUCACGGCGAAUCCUAAAGAUUAUUUGAGCUUCUUUUGCUUAGGAAAUCGGGAAGUAAAGAAGAAUGGAGAGUACACACCUGAGGAGCAACCCGAGCCUGAUACAGAUUAUAGCAGGGCUCAGCAGGCCAGAAGGUUUAUGAUCUAUGUCCACGCAAAGCUGAUGAUUGUUGAUGAUGAGUACAUAAUCAUUGGCUCAGCUAACAUCAAUCAGAGGUCAAUGGAUGGAGCCAGGGACUCAGAGAUUGCCAUGGGUGCAUACCAGCCUUACCAUCUAUCAACCAAGCAGCCUGCCAGGGGACAUAUCCAUGGUUUCCGGAUGGCUUUGUGGUAUGAACACCUGGGGAUGCUGGAUGAAGUUUUCCUCCAGCCAGAGAGCCUGGAUUGUGUGCACAAGGUGAAUGCCACCGCGCAAAAGUAUUGGGAUAUUUACACUAGUGAUACACUAGAACAUGACCUCCCGGGCCAUCUGCUAAGUUACCCAGUUGCAGUUACUAAUGAAGGUGCCAUCACAGAGUUGCCUGGUAUGGAGUGCUUCCCAGACACUAAGGGCCGUGUUCUUGGGACCCAGAGUGACUACCUUCCCGCCAUCCUCACAACAUAACUGCAAUUUCUUUCCAUUCAUCAGAGCAUAUGCUAGAUAGCAGCAUGGUUUGGGAAUAAAUUGCAUGCUGUAUUUGGCGAUCUAGUUUAAUCUGAGUGACUUUUUAAGGUCUUGAUGUCGCAUUUUCCCAUUGAUGUUACUGUUUAUUGUGGGAUCAGUGGUUAUUCCAUUCUUCAAUGCAAGCAAUGCCAAGUGAUCAGUCUCGUUCACUAUAAA